AUGCUUGAUACUUCAACACACAGACACACAGCACUAUGGCAUCACAUUGCAACCCCCGAUAUUUUCUAAACCCAAGGCUUUCCUUUCAGCUGCUGGCUCUGGUUGGGACUUUGACGUGGCACAUUCUUGUCACAGCAGAAUGUGCUGCUCUGAAUCAGCUCAGAGGGGAGGUUGGUGGAAAUGUGACCUUUCACUGCUCCGUUGCCAACCAAGAAUUAAAAUUUUUGUACCUUCAGAAGGGCGAGAUAUUUGUGAAUGGCUACUAUGAAUCAAAAGAUACAUCACAGCUGGCAUGGAAGAACACCAUAAUGGAUCACGACAAGACAACUAUGCACAUGUACAAUUUGAACGUCUCACAUCGUGGUGAAUACCAGUGCCUUUUCCAGUACAGUGGCAGUAGUGCAACUCAAAAACAAGUCAUACAUCUCAGUGUCACAGCCAACUACAGUAAACCUGCUCUCACAGUGCGCUACAGUGAUGAAAACCAUCACAGUUGCCUAGUGACAUGUGCUUCACAUUGUGGGUACCCAGGCAACAAGGUGACUUGGAACGUACCAGAGAGUCAGAUGUGGAACGUUUUGAACAGCAGUGAAAUGAGCGAUCCAAAAACCAUGAUGGUCAACAGCUCAAGCACUGCAUACUUCAACUGCUCCAAUGGAGCGACAUCAAUCAGCUGCUCUGUGGGCAACGUCAGCUCAGACAAGUUCUCAGUCUGUGCAUCCAUUGAGCCCCCACCUGUUCCUCCCAGUCCUGUGAUUGAAGCCAUCUGUGCAGUGGUGGGUAUCACUAUUAUCAGUAUUGUGUCGGUAUUGCUGCUGUGGUGGAGAUGCAAGAAGGGACAGAGAGGAGCGGCAGCAGUACAUUUUAGGCGAGUAAAUGGAUGUGAGGAGGAGGCAACAGUCCACAAUGAAAGCAAUGAAGGGAAAGAGGCCUCUUGAGUUCCGAAUUGGUGAAGAUGACUGAACGACUUCUUCUUCUUGGUUCUAGAAUCUAGAACUAAAACUAUAUGUCAUUCAAGUGUACGUUACAUUUGUGACUGACUAGCUGUAUACAAGCCAGGAACCGCCAGAGUGGUCAGUGACUCAUUGACACUAGUCUGUGAAUCAGAAUCACUGGGGAAUGCUGUCGACAUUUCACUGACAAUGACUUUUAAGUGUUUGAGGAAGUAUUCCUUAUGAGUAUCACUUUACGGGUGAUAUGCAGUGCGACAUUCAACUGAGAGUAGCUUACUUCUAAAAAAACAAUAAUAAUAAAAUAGAUAAAGACUUUUCCAAUGGUUGUGGUGAGAUUGUUAUUGUAUACUGGAAAACAGUUUCUGUGUGGAGAAAAACUUCCCAGCACUAUGAGCAGUAAAAACAAAAACUGUGUUUAAAGUUUGGAAAAAUAUAUAUUUUGUUGUUACACUGACCUCUACGGGCAGAAGUGGGAUCUGUUAAACAUGCUGUAAGUUUCACUUUUGGACUGUUCCAUCUUUAAAUACAGUAUGAUAGUGUUGUUGUUGUUGUUGUUGUUGUUGUUGUUGCACUUUAAAAUUCCCCUUGUGCCUUUUCUUAAGUAUAGCACAGUCUACAACAUUAUCUUGUGUUAGUGUUUAGCUUUGUGGAAUUGUUUUAUUUUUUUAUUUAAUGCACAUAAUAGAACAGUCAAUGUUAGUCAUGUCAUGGCAGUAUCCAAUUAAUUUUGUUUUGAAAGUGUUUGAAAUGUACUGUGGUUCCCUAAUUUUGUCUAGGGUUUUAUUCUCCAAUUAGUUUUGUCUAUCAGAAAUGAUCAUUGGCAAGGAAAAUAUGUGUGAAUGCAGAAGAGCUGUUUUUCUGCAAUAGAUUCCAGUAUUUUAGGAGGUGAGGUGCAAUAUUAAAUACAAAGGGAAAGGUUUUUUUUUCUUUGUUAAUUAAAUUACCGUUCCCCUUAAAACUAAUAUUUUGGUCUUCUUAGCAAUUCUGACAUUUUUUCUCAGGUGACUAUUCUCAUGUAAAAUAUUGUUAUUUUGCUAUUUAUUUAAUUUUAUGUUUUUCUUUCUUAAUAUAAAAUUGUGUGUUGUUUACCCUGUUUACACUUGUUGGGUAAUUUAGGCUGUUAUUCUUCCUUCCUAUGAAUGAAUGAAUUACCAAACAUUUCAAAGGGCUGCUUCCGUUUCCUACAUCUGUAAGAAACACUCUUGUCAGACGGCUGUUUGCUUACUUUUUCAUGUUUAUGUGGCAUUUUACAUAACUUCACAAUCCUGUCCUAUAUCUUAUUUUCAUUCUUUGGUACUAAAAUGUACGAUAGAUUAAACUUGUAAUUAUACUUGUAUUGUGUUG